AUGGUGGAAGAUGUGGAAACAGGAGUCCACCUUGAUCCUGCUAUCAAGGAAGUUCAAUACAAUCCCACUUAUGAUACCAUGUUUGCACCUGAGUUUGGACCAGAAAACCCAUUUAGGACUCAACAAAUGGCUGCACCUAGAAAUAUGCUUUCUGGAUAUGCAGAACCAGCUCACAUCAAUGAUUUCAUGUUUGAACAACAAAGAAGAACAUUUGCAACUUAUGGUUAUGCAUUAGAUCCUUCUAUAGAUAACCCUGAAGUUGCUACCAAAUAUAUUGGUUCUGUAGAAGAAGCUGAAAAAAAUCAAGGUUUAACAGUGUUUGAAACAGGACAAAGAAAAAUUGAAAAAAGGAAGAAAUUCAAGGAAAAUGAUGCAUCUAAUAUUGACGGUUUUCUGGGACCAUGGGCAAAGUAUGUUGAUGAAAAAGAAGUAGCCAAACCAUCAGAAGAAGAACAGAAAGAGUUGGAUGAAAUAACAGCUAAGAGGCAGAAGAGAGGAAAACUAGAAGAUGAUAAACCUGGCGAGGAGAAGACUAUAUUACAUGUUAAGGAAAUGUAUGACUAUCAGGGGAGAUCUUACCUUCAUGUCCCUCAAGAUGUUGGAGUUAAUCUCCGUUCUACAGUGCCACCUGAGAAGUGCUAUCUUCCAAAGAAACAAAUCCAUGUGUGGUCUGGACAUACAAAGGGUGUCAGUGCAGUUAGAUUGUUUCCUCUCUCAGGGCAUAUACUGUUGUCUUGCUCAAUGGAUUGCAAAAUUAAGCUAUGGGAAGUAUAUGGUGAUCGAAGAUGUCUACGAACAUUUAUCGGACAUAGUAAAGCUGUUCGAGACAUCUGUUUUAAUAAUGCUGGCACUCGGUUUCUUAGUGCUGCAUAUGACCGCUAUCUUAAACUCUGGGACACUGAAACAGGGCAAUGUAUUUCAAGAUUUACAAACAGGAAGGUUCCUUAUUGUGUCAAGUUCAAUCCUGACGAAGAUAAACAAAAUCUCUUUGUUGCAGGAAUGUCAGAUAAGAAGAUUGUGCAGUGGGAUAUUCGAAGUGGUGAGAUUGUGCAGGAAUACGAUAGGCAUUUGGGAGCUGUCAACACCAUUGUGUUUGUGGAUGAAAAUAGAAGAUUUGUGAGUACAUCUGAUGACAAGAGCUUAAGAGUCUGGGAAUGGGACAUUCCUGUAGACUUCAAGUACAUAGCUGAGCCAAGUAUGCAUUCGAUGCCAGCCGUGACUUUGUCUCCAAAUGGGAAAUGGUUGGCUUGCCAGUCGAUGGAUAACCAAAUUCUGAUUUUUGGAGCGCAGAAUAGAUUCAGAUUAAACAAAAAGAAAAUUUUCAAAGGUCACAUGGUAGCUGGCUACGCUUGUCAAGUGGAUUUUUCACCUGACAUGAGUUAUGUGAUAUCUGGAGAUGCAGAUGGAAAACUUAACAUCUGGGACUGGAAGACCACAAAACUCUACAGCAGAUUAAAAGCACAUGAUAAAGUCUGUAUCGGUGCGGUGUGGCAUCCGCAUGAAACAUCUAAAGUCAUUACAUGUGGCUGGGAUGGUCUUAUUAAGCUAUGGGACUAAAGAGGAUGCUACGAAGAUCUACAGACAGAAGUCCUGCAUACAUCUGAGAGUAGAGUGAAUUCUGCUGUAAGGAUGGGUACACAUCUGUAAUACUGCAGUUCUCAGCUGGCUGUAUAUAUGCACUAAAAAAUGGGGAGUCUUCAGAAGACACAACUGAAAGGAUAUAGUUAUAAAUAUGACCUCUGGGUAUGAGAAGCUGAGGUCAUCUGAAGCAUGCAGAAUCAAGUGUUAGUUUGUCAAGUCACUGUUUGUGCGAAACACUCUUGUAAAAUAAAAUCGUUUUAAGGAAAACUAUUUUUGUGGUUCUGGCUGUCAGAGAUGUGGGCAGUUAAAGGAGAAAACCAGUGAUUGUGUGACUCUCUUCCUAAGAAGAAAUCUUUGAUAUUUACCGCAAUAGAGCUGAAAAAGAUGCAUUUAUAUGGUUUGGGUGGUAUUUUGUUGUCCUCAAAAUACUUUUACCUUUACAGAACAGAAACCCACUUGCUAAGAUCUGUUAAUUGACAGGAGGAAUGAAGAACUAAUCAGAAGCUGGCAGUUGUCAGAUAAACUGUAUCAACUGAAGAUUGUAUUCAUAAACUUUUGGCUUCUGUGUGUAUUUAACGAUAGCAUCAUGCGGAUCACUGAGUUUCAUCUUUGUAAGUAGUUCUCAGUUUCAAAGUUUUGCUUGUAAUGGUUGUAUAUUGUGUUGUUUUUUUCUCUUCCCAUAUGCUGUUACUUUCCAAUAAGCACAACAUACUAAAAAAAAAAAAGUUAUUGUCUCUUGUUUGGAUCAGAAUACAUUGUAUUCAAGCCCCAUGAAGAUUCUGACAAGUUAAUGUAUAUACAUGUCACACUUUUUCCUCUUUAAAGAACUUAUUUUUAAUAAAUCUUUUUAUAAAAAGUCUGUUUGUCUUCAUUCAGUUCUUCUGUCUAGCAGUGUCCAUAUAAAAUAUUUCUUACUAUUUGUCAUUUUAACUUGCAGUUGUACCAGCAUUCGCAUAAACUCAUUUCACACUGCUCAUACAAAACUAAUGCAAGUUGGACGCAGGAGAAAAAAAUCCUUUCAGCUCCCUUUUGAGCACAUAAAGGAAACAAAAAUGUUUAAUGAAUUUAUCCAAUUGAUUAGUCCUUAAUUACAGUUUUGAAUCACGCUAUAGUGUUUGCUAUAAAUCCAAUCACUGCUCAUCAAUUAUAAACAAUAGCAAAGGCAUAAUUGCCUUAAUUGACAGCAGGAUAGUAUGUAAGGCACUUCUGUAGAUGAGAUGCAAAGAAUCUCAAAUUGUGUAGAUGGAAGGAAAUGGGUUGGUUGGUUUGUAGGGUUUUUGUUGGUUUUGGUCUUGUUAAUAAAAAACCCACUUCUUUCAGAGUACUCACUAAAGUUAGGCCCUUGUGAGGGAACACGGAGCAUGCUUAUUUUUAGACCAACUCUAAAGCUGAGCUUGAGCAUCUUUCCACUGCCCAUUCAUGCCACUGUGUAACUGCACCAACUUCACGUUUGUUUACUUUCCCAUCUCAGUGGCCUUGUGUACCUGUAAAACUCUACACACUUGUUCUCACAAGCGGUGCACUGGUGGUGACUGGGAAUUGCCUAGCCACACACCUAUGCAAGUACUGAGAUAGGAAAUGGUAGAGCCUGGAGAGAGAGGAAAGAGCUGGUCUGUGUCCUGGAGGACUCUCCUCUGCAGGGAAAGGAGAGGCUGUUCCUGUGUCUCAGCUCUUCAGGGUGUGGGUGGGAGUAAACCGCUGCCCUGUCAGAGGGUGAA